AAAUUUUUGGCUAAGAAAAAUCCUAGCCCUCUAAAAAAAUUACUUUGACUUUCCUGUAUUUGUACUUUGAAUAGUCUGCGUCCAGACGCAAUGACCAGUCAUUAAGUAGAAAUUCAUAAUUACCGCGAUAAUUGUAUGUAUCAUAAAUUCCUUUGACAACCCUAAUGGUAUUGAAAGCAUAAUUCUAUCGAGCAUAACACGUAAACUUGCUAAACACUGAUCUUACCGCCAUUGUUAAUGCUGUCAUUGACUAGACAGAGUUCAUCAUUGAGCUGAGAGCUAUCAAUGGUCUCAGUCAUAAUGUGGGCUCAAGCGAUUCCGUACUUGAUUGUUGUACAUGUGGUGAUGGGAGAUCAGGAUAUGCCUGGGUUCGUGAGAGAAAUGAGCGAUGGUGUAGAGAGUAGAGGCUUCAAGAUCAUUUACGGCGAUGAAGACAUGACCAUUAUCAACCAAGUGGUCAGUGAAGCCGAAAAAGGCAGUGCUUUUAAGAAGAGAGCACAUUUAAAUGAGGCUAUUAAGCCCUUACCAGCGCAAGAUGUCAAGUGCUUGAUGUCUGUGGAUCGGUACUGUAGCAAGGAGAUGGGGCUGAUGAAAAGUGUAUUGAUACAAGCUGUAAAAGAUGACUGCGUGAAAUGUUCAGUACAGCAGAAGGAUCAAGCUGGGAAAGUGAUUGCGUCCAUGAUGGCUCAUGAUCCCGUCGCUUGGAAAGUUUUCCUCACCAGAUCUGCACUUCAAAUAAAACCAAGAGAACAACCUAAAAAACGUGAAGAGAUUCGUUUGAAAGAUGUAGGUGAACCAGAAGAUGUAAUACGGUCACCCAGUAAUAGUUACAUUAUGCCUGGAGUGCAGGUUAGAGUUAAACGAUAUGUUGCCGAAAAGAUACCAUAAAUAGUAAAUAAUAUUGUCAGUAGACUAAGUACUCAUUUAAAUAUGUAUUUAUUGGUAAUAUUAUGGAAGUAAACCAUGUCAUUUG